UUCUGGGAAUUGCAGUCCCCGCUCCGCUCUGUCCCGUCACAGGACUUUUUGCCCUGUGUUCCCGGGUCCCUCAGGCGGCCACCCAGUGGGCACACUCCCAGGCAGCGCUCCGGCCCCGCGCUCCCUCCCUCUGCCUUUCAUUCCCAGCUGCCAACAUCCUGGAAGCUUUGAAGCUCAGGAAAGAAGAGAAAUCCACUGAGAACAGUCUGUAAAGGUCCGUAGUGCUAUCUACAUCCAGACGGUGGAAGGGAGAGAAAGAGAAAGAAGGUAUCCUAGGAAUACCUGCCUGCUUAGACCCUCUAUAAAAGCUCUGUGCAUCCUGCCACUGAGAACUCCGAAGAGGUAGCAGUCUUCUGAAAGAAAGGACAUUCCAAUUUACAUCCUCACCAGCAUCUGUUUGGGAGUGCUUCUCUCUCUGCAUUCUUGCCAACUACUUCAACUGUGAGGACAUGUCGUUCAGAUUUGGCCAACAUCUCAUCAAGCCCUCUGUGGUGUUUCUCAAAACAGAACUGUCCUUCGCUUUUGUGAAUAGGAAACCUGUGGUACCAGGACAUGUCCUCGUUUGCCCGCUGCGGCCAGUGGAGCGCUUCCAUGACCUGCGUCCUGAUGAAGUGGCCGAUUUGUUUCAGGCGACUCAGAGAGUCGGGACAGUGGUGGAAAAACAUUUCCAUGGGACCUCUCUCACCUUUUCCAUGCAGGAUGGCCCCGAAGCCGGACAGACUGUGAAGGCAUAUGAAGAGGGUGAAAAUGAGACCUGCGCUCAAGCUGAGUUUGAAGCAUCACAUCUGACUACAGGAGUGUGGGGAAGAGGAAGCACGUUCACGUCCAUGUUCUUCCCAGGAAGGCUGGAGACUUUCACAGGAAUGACAGCAUCUAUGAGGAGCUCCAGAAACAUGACAAGGAGGACUCUCCUGCCUCUUGGAGAUCAGAGGAGGAAAUGGCAGCAGAAGCCACAGCUCUGCGGGUCUACUUUCAGUGACACAGAUGUUUUUCAGAUCCUGAAUUCCAGCAGAAGAGCUAUUGCCAACCAGUUUGAAGACCCCCCCCCCCCCAAGAGGAACUGAAUCAGCAUGAAAAUGCAGUUUCUUCAUCUCACCAUCCUGUGACUUCAUCCUGUAUUCUUCAACCAGUGAUCUCUCACCUCGGUCACUCCAACCCCCUUAAAAUACCUAGACCUAAACGGCUCAGACAGGCAGAUUUGAGGUUUCCCCCUGUCUCCUUAUUUGGCAGCCUUAUGAUUAAACUUCCUUCUCUGCUGCAACCCUGUGUCUCAGUGCAUUGACUUGCCAUGCAUUAGGCAACAAACCUAUUACAGUUACUUUUUUAAAGGAAAUUCAAUCAUUGGAUUGGUCCACCUGCUUAUUUCUUCCCUUUUCAAAAAAAAAUGUGUCUACAUAUUGAAUUUUUAUACAUUAAGUGGUUCAUGAAACCCCUGAAAUGUGUUAGUAAAUAGGGCAAUUAUGAAAUAUUUGGACAUAGCUAGACUUUAAAAAUUGUUAAUCUGAAGUUCAGAUAGACUUGGCCUUCUCCAGCUUUCGUGAUUAUUCCCUCAGCAGCAAGCUAGUCUUAGGCAGAGCAAGUUUAAAGACAUUCAUCGUGCUCACUCUGCAAAACUGCGCAAUUCUCAACAUGCACAGAGGCAGACAUGAUAGGGCUCAGCCCUGGAAUUGCUAACAGUAGCCAACACUUGCUAAGAAUUUAUAAGAUGUAGACUGUGUUAUUAUCCUGUCUUGCAAGUGAUGAGAAAACUAAGGCUUAAGGAUGUUAAGUAAGUAUUAGUUCAAGGCCAAUGGUAAGUGGCAAAGCUCAGAUUUGAACCCAGGCAGUCCCACCCUAAAGGCCAUUCUCUUAGUCUGUGUACUGCCCUCCUUGCUAAAAGAGCUCACCUCUCUAGCCACUUCCUUCUCCCUGUCCCAUCUCCCCUCGUACCCUCCAAAUAGUCUUCUUAGCCUCUUCACCUUAUCUACUGGCCUAUUUCUGCCUUGAGGACCUCCCACCUCCUCGCCUGCUGGACUUCCUUACCUGCCUUGUUAAUACAACCCUGCCCAGCACCUGCCUCCCUGGUCACACUACAGCCAGGUAGCAGAAACCAAAAUGGGCCUGGAUUCCCCAACCAACAACUUUGUUCUACUUGCAAGAUUUUCAGAUCAUGCUGAAUCCUGCCUAGGCUACCCUCCCACUUUCUUUUCUUUACCAUCUGACCACAUGCCUAAACAUGACUUGGGCGAAUACAGUGGUCCCCAAAUUGCAUUCAUUCCCAUUUUGUCAUGAUUUUUCUUAUCUUUGUGGACCACCUAGAGCCUUAUUUACUUGAUUCACUUUUUGAAUUUUAGUAUAUCUAUCUUAAACUUUAUAUUUCAGCCUCAAAGAAAAACAAGUACUACCUGUAAUUAGAAGUUAAGCAUAAAAAUAAACAUAAGAGAAAAACGAUGCUGAUGAUUUCCAGCUCUGCAUAGUUGCUUGCCUUAGCUACUAGGAGUGAGAUUCAGUCUCUGUGUUAAAAAGUGAGGCUAGCCACCAUUAGAGGGGCAUUUAAUUCUAGCACCAAACCGAAACUCUCUAUUUGGCAUAUUCAGAAGGAUUAAAGAGAAUAACCUACUGAGAGAUUCAAUGUAGAUCACUUAAGAUUAUCUUAAACAGGAAUAUGACUCCCAACUUUGGAGAAACAGCAGUGGAGGCCAGAUCUUAAACCCAGAGCAAGCUGGCUUUAGACUUGCUUCAACCCUAAACCAGUACUCCUUUCCACCCACCCACCUCCCCCCAACCCCUGCAGGCAUAUCAAGAAGACAAGGUGCAUGGGGGAAAACCAAAGAGUCAGCUUCCCUAGGGCUGAUGGGUCAAAUCUCAGUGCUUGCCUCUGACAUUUUGCUUGCCGACAGUCUGUCUUAAAAACCAACAGGUUGCAAAGAAGAAUGUGAACACCUAUAUCCAGAGAUGCCCUAUAUAAGAAUAAUGACUAUAAGAAAGACCAAAAAGCUGUUCUUGAUUUAAUGUUUGGGGUGGACAUACCUAGUUAUACGAUUUGGCUGUUUCCCCACCCACAUCUCAUCUUGAAUUGUAGCUCCCAUAAUCCCCACAUGUCAUGGGAGGGACCCAGUGGGAGGUAACUGAAUCAAGGGGGAGGAUCUUUCCCAUGCUGUUCUCAUGAUUGAUAGUGAAUACGUCUCAUGAGAUCUGAUGGUUUUAUAAAGGACAGUUCCCCUGAAUACGCUGUCUUGCCUGCUGCCAUGUAAGAUGUGGCUUUGCUCCUCUUUUGCCUUCCUCCAUGAUUGUGAGUCCAUUAAACCUCUUUCCUUUAUAAAUUA